CACCGAAGCGAUGCACUCUUUCUGAUCAGCUUGCCUUGCUGGGACAGGACAGGACAGGACAGGACAGAGGCCACACUUCUUGCUCAAACACCAUGGCUCUUUCUGUUCUCACAUCAGGCUCUUCCCGACAGCUUUCCUCAUACAGUCUUGGAGGUGGUGGUGGAGGAUCGGUCAGAUUAUCUAGUGGCGCAGGGUUCAGUGGUGGUUCCAACUUUGCUGGGGGUUAUGGAGCAGGAAGCCUUGUUGGGGGGUAUGGAGGUGGCCUUGGUGGGGGAUACGGAGGUGGCCUUGGUGGGGGAUAUGGAGGUGGCCUUGGAUACGGAGGUGGCCUUGGUGGGGGCCUGGGUAGCAGCUUUGCUGGUGGCUUUGCUAGUGGCUUUGGAGGGGGAGAUGGCGGUCUCCUAACUGGUGAUGAGAAGCAAACUAUGCAGAAUCUCAAUGACCGCCUUGCCAACUACCUGGGCAAAGUACAUGCUCUUGAAGAGGCAAAUGCAGAACUUGAACGCAAAAUUAAGGAAUGGUAUGCAAAAUACAGCACUCCUGACACUGACAGAGACUACAGCAAAUACUUCAGAAUGAUUGAAGAUCUACGGAAUCAAAUAGCUGCAGCGACUAUUGAGAAUGCCAGGAUCGUUUUGCAAGUCGACAAUGCUCGACUGGCAGCUGAUGAUUUCAAACUUAAGUAUGAAAACGAGUUGUUCCUACAUCAGAGUGUGGAAAGUGACAUCAAUGGCUUGCGGAGAGUCUUGGAUGACUUAACCAUGAACAGGUCUGACCUAGAACUGCAGAUUGAAAACCUGAAUGAGGAGCUUGCCUAUCUCAAGAAAAACCACGAAGAGGAACUGAAGAGCUUCCGAGGGCUGGCUAGUGGCGACGUCAAUGUAGAAAUGGACGCUGCACCAGGAAUUGACUUGACUAAGCUACUAAAUGACAUGAGAUCCCAAUAUGAACAACUUGCAGAGAAGAAUCGUCGAGAGGCAGAAGAACAGUUCAACAAACAGGUCGGAGCUCUGAGGCAAGAGAUAUCUGCCAAUGUGGAUCAACUGAGCUCAAGCAAGAGUGAAAUCACGGAUCUGAAGCGGACUCUGCAAGCGCUGGAACUGGAGUUGCAGGCCCAACUUGCCAUGAAACAAUCCCUUGAAGGCACUUUGGCAGAAACAGAAAGGAAUUACUGUGACCAGCUUGGCCAAAUACAGGGUCAGAUCGGUAGCUUAGAAGAACAGCUUCUGCAGCUUCGAUCUGAAAUGGAGGGCCAGAACAUAGAAUAUCAGCAGCUUCUUGGCAUCAAGACACGACUGGAGAGGGAAAUUGAAACCUACCGCCGCCUACUGGAUGGAGAAGGGGGUAUUUCUGGAUCGGGAGGCUACGGAUCUGCAAGCUAUGGUUCUACGUUUUCAGGAGGCUCUGGCAAAGAGUCCACGAAAACCAGAAUGGUUAAGACAAUUGUAGAGGAAGUGGUUGACGGCAGGGUCGUCUCAUCCCAGGUCAAAACAGUCGAAGAGAAACCAACUAAGUAACAUUAGGAGAGUGCGAAAAGGUCCUUUCUUGUAAUUCUUGUCCCAGCAAAGAAACACCUCUCAGGAACUUCAAGAAUUACACAAGAAAAUAAUUUCUUUUUUUUUAAGCCUUUUUCCCUAGAAGUUUGUCUCUUCUUCCCACUUGUCUUUAAGCAAACCUUGAAACUGCAUUCUGAAAUUCUUCUCUCCUAUAGUUGGAGGUAGUUCAAUAAACCUUUACUGUUUGCAUAUUACAA